AUGGCUUACGGAACUGCCGCAAGACCAAAUGACGUGCGGACAACCCCUUUCAAGGGCAACCUCGACAUAUUCAAGACGUGCUGCAAUAUGACCGAUACGUCGCAGGAUCUGGUCACGCUCUCCGACACGGAGCAUUCGGAGAACCCGCUAUGCUGGGGUUACUGUGGGCUGGGCGCGACGGAGGGCUACGCAGACCUCCAGAACCGACGCGAGGCGUUUUACGAGUGCUACGAGACUAAGACGGCGGAACUUGGCCGCGAGAACGCCGGGUUAGAUGGCAUCAUGUGCUUCGGAGACAGGAAAGCCCUCAACAGCAUGCAGGACACUCUUCCGGACAGCGGGCCCCCGAAUAAAGGCGGAGCCCCGGCGAUUGCCACCUACUGCGGGGGACCUUGGCGCCCCUCGGUAGCGGCGGGACAAACCCUUGGGUUCUCACUCGCAGUGAACCCGCUCGCCCGCCCUUCCCUCAUCCUUUCUCUCUUCUCCCGCCACCAUGGCGCGGAGCCUUUCCCGAUCGCCGUCCUCCCCGGCGCCCGGCGACGACGUUUCCCUCAGCGCCCUCGCGCGCACAGGCAACCGCCACUUCCACCGCGCGUCCAUCCCGCCCCCGCCGGCCGCGACGUCGAGUUCCAGCACAGCGUACGGGACCCGCUCAACCUCGCCUCGCGCAUCAAGGACGACGCCGAGAUCAAGGCCAACAGCUCGCGGCGGCGCGACCGCCGGCCGCUGUGGAGCAACCGCGGCGAGGUGCAAAAGUUUUACGAGCACCAAAACGAGAGCAUCCGGUCCAUGCUCAAGUCGGUGGACGAGCACGAGCAAGAGGUCAAGGACGAGCGCGGCAAGAAUAACUUCAUGUACCACGUGUGCGUCAAGGGCUCCCUCGCCGCCAACGUCGUCCUGUCCGGUCUGCAGCUUUACGCCGCCAUCUCGUCCGGUUCCCUGUCCCUCUUCACCACCAUGGCCGACUCCGUCUUCGACCCCUUUCGACGAGCGCAAGUACCCUCGGGUCGCGCUCGCAUUUCCACCGCCGGCAACAUCGUCUUCUCCUUCAUCAUGUUUUCCGUCUCGCUCGUCCUGAUCGUCAUGUCGGCCCGCGACCUCGCUUCUGGCUCCGAGGACGAGACCAAGACGUUUAACCUGCCCUCCGUCAUCGCCGUCGCCAUCGCCUUCGGCACCAAGCUCUUCCUCUUUUUCCUCUGCUGGACUGUCAAGGACAUAUAUUCUCAGGUCGAUAUCCUGUGGCGCGACCACCGCAACGACCUGUCCAUCAAUGGCUUCGGUAUCCUCACCUCCGUCGGCGGUAGCAAGCUCCGCUGGUGGAUCGACCCCAUGGGCGCCAUCCUCCUGUCCGUGCUCAUCGGCGGUCUCUGGCUGCACACCGCCUGGGAAGAGUUCCAGCUCCUCAUCGGUGUCACGGCCGACAAGGAGACGCUGCAGCUCAUCACCUACAUCUCCAUGACCCACUCGCCCCUCGUCGAGCGCAUCGACACCGUCCGCGCCUACCACAGCGGACCCCGCCUACUCAUCGAGGUCGACAUCGUCAUUGACCGCAACGAGCGGCUCGAGAUCGCGCACGACGUCGCCGAGGAUUUGCAAAUUAAGCUCGAGAAACUUCCUUGUGUCGAGCGGGCCUACGUUCAUAUUGACUAUGAGACUAGUCAUAAGCCGGAGCACGAUCUGAAAAAGCUACUGUAG